UUGGGAGGUGGCACAAAAACUCUUGUGCUUGCAGGAGCCCCCUCCCUGUGCAGGCUCCAGAAACCUAGGCUGGGCGUGGAGUUGAAGCACACCCACAGGCCCAGGAUGCAGGCCCUCAUACUACUUCUCUGGACCGGAGUCCUUCUUGGGUAUGGCAGCUGCCAGAACAAUGCUGGCAACUUGGAGGGCUCCCUGGCCCCGGACACCACGGGUGUGCCAGUGGAAGAGGAAGAUCCCUUCUACAAGGUCCCUGUCAAUAAGCUGGCAGCGGCUGUCUCCAACUUUGGCUAUGACCUGUACCGUGUGAGAUCCAACGGGAGCCCUACUGCCAAUGUGCUCUUGUCUCCACUCAGCGUGGCCACAGCGUUUUCUGCCCUUUCCCUGGGAGCGGAACAGCGGACAGAAUCCACUCUUCACCGAGCUCUCUACUAUGAUCUGAUCAACAACCCAGACAUUCAUGGCACUUACAAGGAACUCCUUGCUUCAGUCACUGCACCCCAGAAGAACUUUAAGAGUGCUUCCCGGAUCAUCUUUGAGAGAAAGCUGCGAGUAAAAUCGAGUUUUGUUGCACCACUGGAAAAGUCCUAUGGGACCAGGCCCAGGAUCCUGACUGGAAACUCUCGCAUAGACCUUCAGGAAAUGAACAACUGGGUGCAGGCCCAGAUGAAAGGGAAAAUCACUAGGUCCACACGGGAAAUGACCAGUGGAAUCAGCAUUCUCCUUUUUGGGGUGGCUUAUUUCAAGGGGCAGUGGGUGACCAAGUUUGACUCCAGAAAGACAUCCCUGGCUGAUUUCCACCUGGAUGAGGAGAGGACUGUGACAGUCCCCAUGAUGUCAGACCCUAAGGCCCUCUUACGCUAUGGCUUGGAUUCUGAUCUCAGCUGCAAGAUUGCCCAGCUGCCUUUGACUGGAAGCAUGAGUGUCAUCUUCUUCCUGCCUCUGAAAGUGACCCAGAACUUGACGCUGAUAGAAGAAAGCCUCACCUCUGAGUUCAUUCAUGACAUAGACCGAGAACUGAAGACUGUGGAAGCGGUUCUGACCAUCCCUAAACUGAAGCUUAAUUUUGAAGGCGAAGUCACCAAGUCCCUGCAAGAGAUGAAGCUACAAUCCUUGUUUGAUUCGCCAGACUUUAGCAAGAUCACGGGCAAACCUAUCAAGCUUACUCAAGUGGAACAUCGCGCUGUCUUCGAGUGGAGUGAGGAUGGAGCAGGCACCAGCCCCAGCCCAGGGCUCCAGCCCGCCCGCCUCACUUUCCCCCUGGACUAUCACCUUAACCAGCCUUUUAUUUUUGUACUGAGGGACACGGAUACAGGGGCUCUUCUCUUCAUAGGCAAAAUUCUGGACCCCAGGGGCACUUAAUGGUCUAGUUUAAUGUUUAAACACUCUUAAGAAGAAAAUCCUAGAGGGUGGCAGUUUAUUAUAAUCACAUGAAGGCUGCCCUAUGUUUCAGUGUAUAAUGUUUCAACGUAUACUUUGCAAUAAAGUGCUGU